AUGCCUAGUAAACAAGCAAUGUCAUCUAAAGAACAAGAGAGGCUCUUGUGUUAUAAUGGAGAAGUCCUUGUUUUUCAGUUGUCUCAAGGAAAUUUUGCAGAUAAAGGACCUGCAAAACCAUCCACAUUACAUGUCAAAAGAAUGGUGUUUGAUAGAGAAACAAGAACAUUUGUUCUGAAGUCCACUGGGUUCUUUAGCAUGAGAAAAGAAUACUCUCAUUUAAAAAUUCUAUGUUGCAACUGUGUGUCAGAUUUCAAAACUGGAAUUAACCUCCCUUACAUUUUGAUGAGAAGCAAUAAAAAUAACAUUUUCAAAUAUUUUCUACUGUGUCUUCACAGUAACAAUAGAUUUGAAAAGCAUUUGACUUUUAAACUAUCCCAUGAGUUGAAGGACAGCAUAAGGGUUCUUAAUGGCCCUUUAAUUUUAUGGCAAUAUGUCAAAACAUUGUACUGUAUCUCUUCCCACACUCGCAAUGUAAUUAGUGUGUCGGUUAACUUUUCCUCUAUUGAAUGGGCAGGGGAGAUUGGAAAUCUAGGUAUAGUUUUAUUGGGACUAACAGAAUGUGAUUCAUCUGAGGAAGAAUGCAACCAAAAGCCCUCAGAAUCUGAUUUUGCAAUUCAGAAUACCAAAUUUUGUGUAUAUUCUCUUAAAAAUCAAGAAGUAUUAAGUGAUACAUAUAUUAUCCCUCCUGCUUAUAGCAGUGUGGUUACUUGUGUGCAUGUCUGCACAACUGAGAUUGUCAACAACCAGUUUAGAAUGUCUCUGAUUGCCCUUACUCGAAAGAAUCAGCUGAUUUCAUUCCAAAAUGGGACUCCUGAACGUUUGUGUCAGCUUCCAUUUGAAGAUCCUUGUGCUGUUCAGCUUCUGGAUUCAGGUGAAGGAAACCUCUUUUUCAUUGUAUCAUUUAGGUCCAAUGAUGCUUGUGCUGUUUGGAAAAAGAACUUUCAGAUUGCUGCUAAGUGGGAAAAACUUAACUCAGUACUGAUAGAUGACUUUGUUGGAACUGGAACUGAACAAGUACUGCUCCUUUUUAAGGACUCCUUGAACUCAUUUAAAAUAACAAAUCUUGACAAAAUAAAUUAUUCAAGUCACCCAUUGAAUUGUAAUGAAGAUGAUUUAUUUGAAGACCAACCAGAACAUUGUUAUUUGAUGAUUCCACCAUUGGAAAAAAGAUUAAAAGUUGGUUUGGCUUCUGUUCAGGAAUUACAGCAGCAUCUCUUGCUUAAGGAGAAAAUUAUUUCGAAAUCUUGGAGAGCUUUAAUAAAUUUGGUUCAAGGAAAAGAUGAUAGUACAUCAAGUGCAGAGGAGGUAAAAUUAAUCGGAUAUCUUGUUCCUUUUUGUGGUGAAGAAGAAAACUGUGUUCAUACCUCUGAUGAAAAGUUACCAGACAAUUUUCAAGAUCCAGAACAGCUAGUAGAGAAGUUGUGGUACCGUGUCAUGGAUGAUAGCUUAAUCGUUGGAGUGAAAACAUCAUCUUUGAAGCUGUCCCUGAAUGAGGUGACUUUAUCGCUGAUAAUGGAGCAAGCCUGUAACUACAGCUUUCGGCUUAUUAAAUGUGAAAAUAGAGUGAUUAAGUUGAGCACAGAUUCUUUCCGAGCACCACACUUGAUGCCACAAGAUGAAAUAGGAUCAGAAGCUAAAAGAAUCAAGUUGACCUCUGAUAGUAAGGAAGAAGAAAGGUUUGCUUGUGAACAACCAUCUAUGAAAACAUAUGUACAGAUAUUUACUGCUGUAACGUCUCUUUCACCACUUUUAGCAUUCAAUAAAUUUUGUUGCAUUGUGCUGCUACACAUUAGGGAGAGAGAAAAUGGUAGCUGUCCUAAAGAUCAUUAUAUUCCAUGUGGCAGACUUUUUUUAAGUAUAGAAGAUCUUUCAAGUGGGAAAUACUUAAUGACGUUUCCAAAGAAGAAACCCAUAGAGGACAUGGAAGACCUUUUUGCACUUCUCACAACAUUGCACAAAUCUUGUAUUCAAGUCAUUUCACCUGCCUAUUCCCUGAAUUCAAUGAAGAUGUGGCUCUUAGAUUGCAUGAAAUGUGAGGUAAUCAAAGAAUUUCCAGAAAUGUGCUUUUGUAAAAGGCCAAGAAGUUUGUAUGGGACACUCUUCAGCUGGAAACAAAGAACCCCAUUUGAAGGCACUUUAACAGUCUAUUCCAGGAAUCAAACAGUUUUGUUCCAGUGCCUUCGUAAUUUCAUCAGAGUUCUCCCUAUAAAUUGUUCCUUCAAAAAUUUAAAAUUAGAAAAUGAGGAUUUCCUAGUUGAUCAUUUGGCAUUGACUUUGGAGAAAGAACUGGUUACCCUUGGUUCUCUUUCUUCUUCUGCUUUAGCUAAGGUUGAAAGCAACUUUGUACAGAUGUGUGAAGCAAACACAGGAAAGAGUAGUGUCAUGGCUGCUUCAGCGGACAGGAAGGAAAAAAUCCGUUUGUGUAGAGAAGAAGUUCAGCGAGAAAAGAAAAUGUUGGAAAGGAACCUAAAAGUGAGUGGUGUCCUUUAUAGAGAGAUGACUUUAAAAUUAGUUGAGAUUCAGUUGCAGUCAGACCUCACUGCACAGAAACUAACCAGUUUAUAA